GCAAGUUAAAAAAACAAUUAAUAUGAAAUAAACAAUGUGAAUUCACAAUGUUCAAUUUUUAUAUGGAUAAUGUUCUUCUAAUUUCUCUUUUUCUGUAAACGCAUUUGAUAAACAAUACCAUAAAUCUAAAAUGAACGAAAACAAAGAAUUCAUACAGCUAUUUUGUGGAGAUAUAACAAAUAGAAAGGUUGACGUUAUUGUUAAUGUCUUGGGUAGAGGAUGGGAUUUUAGAAGCGGAACAUUAUCGACAUCUAUAAUUGAUACAGCUGGUCGUGGGGUUUUGACAGAGUUAAGAUAUCAUAGAUCAUUUGACAAAAAGGAUGUUAUUGUGACUGGUGGUGGACGAUUAUUCUGUAAGAAAAUAAUUCAUGGCGUAUUACACGAAUGGGAUAGAAGGGAUAAAAACAUACAGGCUCUAAGAAUAUUCCUACAGACAUGUUUGGGAUUCGCCGAAAGCAUGAAUAUGCGCUCAGUCGCUUUCCCUGCAGUCGGGACAGGAUUUCAUGAAUUUCCUCCAGAUGUUGUAGCCAAAGAAAUGUUCAAUGAAAUAGGGACAUUUUCUAGAUCGUCUCUGACGAAUAUUGAGUUUGUUAUUUGUCAUAGGAAUAAUCAUGUCAUCAAGGCAUUUGAAGCUAAAAUGAACAAAUAUUUGAUAACACGACCAGUUUUCGUAGACAAAGAAUUCUUACAUCACAUCGAAAAAGAAAAUGUAUCACCGAAAUACUCUUCAUCAGAAUUACCAAAAUCAAGAGAUGUGCAAACAGAUCAUUUGGUAAAAAAAUUCAUGGACACAGGAAUCAUCAUGGAUAAACAACAUGAUUAUUUCCCGCCACUAUCAAAAUCUACUUCGUCUAAUAAUAAAGAAACUGCACCAGGGAUCGGGCGUAUGAAUGUUCCUUUUGCUAUUGAAAGCGCUGGUAAUAUAUUUCUUUGA